AGCGAAAAUAGUAACGUACGAUUUAUCUUUGAAAGUUUGUGUUUUUUUGGAUAAAUUACAAAAUGAAUUAAAAUUGGUUAUAUUUUUGUCGACGCCGUGUAUGCGAUUCUCUUUUAAUGGUAGAUUCUGACACGGUGGAAUUCCCGCCGGAGAACCGCCGUGGACAGCUCUUCGGCAAGUACGAGGUCGGUAAAUUGGUGGGAUGCGGCGCCUUCGCUAAAGUGUACCACGGGAGGAACACAGCGACGGGUCAGAGCGUUGCGAUCAAAGUGGUGAGCAAACAACGGCUGCAGAAAGGAGGACUCAAUGGCAACAUUCAGAGGGAGAUCGCUAUCAUGCACCGUCUCCGCCACCCUUCUAUCGUGCGCCUGUUCGAGGUCCUCGCCACCAAAUCCAAGAUCUUCUUCGUCAUGGAAUUCGCCAAAGGCGGUGAGCUCUUCGCCAAAGUCUCCAAGGGCAGGUUCUGCGAGGAUCUCAGCCGUCGCUAUUUCCAGCAGCUCAUCUCCGCCGUCGGAUACUGCCACUCCCGCGGCAUCUUUCACCGUGACCUCAAACCUGAGAAUCUCCUCCUCGACGAGAAGCUCGAUUUGAAGAUUUCUGAUUUCGGGCUCAGCGCUCUUACCGAUCAGAUCCGACCCGACGGUCUCCUCCACACUCUCUGUGGUACUCCGGCAUACGUGGCGCCGGAGGUUCUGGCUAAGAAAGGCUACGACGGUGCUAAAAUCGACAUUUGGUCAUGCGGAAUCAUAUUGUUUGUUCUCAACGCCGGUUAUCUGCCUUUCAACGACCAUAAUCUCAUGGUCAUGUACCGGAAAAUCUACAAGGGAGAGUUUCGCAUUCCCAAGUGGACCUCACCGGAUCUCCGGCGACUUCUGACUCGGCUUCUCGACACGAAUCCGCAGACGAGGAUCACUAUCGAAGAGAUCAUCCACGAUCCCUGGUUCAAACAGGGCUACGACGAUCGGAUGUCCAAAUUCCACCUCGAGGACUCCGACAUGAAACUCCCGGCGGAUGAUAUCGACGGCGAGAUGGGAGCAAGGAGGUUGAACGCAUUCGACAUCAUCUCCGGAUCUCCAGGAUUCAAUCUCUCCGGUCUGUUCGGCGACGCUAGAAAGUACGACCGAGUGGAACGGUUCGUGUCGGCGUGGACGGCGGAGAGGGUGGUUGAGAAGCUGGAAGAGAUCGUGGCGGCGGAGAAUCUGACGGUGACGAAGAAGGAAGCGUGGGGGAUGAAGAUUGAAGGGCAAAAAGGUAAUUUCGCGAUGGUGGUCGAGAUAAACCAGCUAACGGACGAGCUGGUUAUGAUAGAGGUGAGGAAGAGGCAAAGAGCCGCUGCAUCUGGACGAGAUCUAUGGACAGAUACACUCAGGCCUUUCUUCGUCGAGCUUGUGCACGAACCAGACCAGACGGACCCUCCUCAUGAACCAUCAUCUCUAGUAAAUACGACGUCGUAGUUUAGGUAUCUGUCAAAAUAAUUAUCCAAAUAAUAA